GGAAACCCAAGGGCUGGUGACCGUCGUUUAGCUGUAGCAUGAGACUGGAAACUGCCGAGAUGUAACCAUUUUAAGAAUAAGCUUCUACGUGACACUGAUUUGCUGUUGAAGGCUCAGCACAUAAUGGGUGAGAAUGCUCAAGUCACAGAGCAGCAGAAGGAGCUCGCCACUUUGGCCAUGCAGGAGUUUGACCGGAAACAGUUCACAUCAUGCUGCAACAUCAUGAACAAACUUAUGGUUCUGCGUGGCAAUGACCCCCGUGUUGUCCAUAACAAGGCCGUUGCAGACUUCUGUCUGUCAGGAUCACAGAGCACAGACGAUUUCAGACAGAGCCUUGCAAACGUUUGUCAGAUGGCGCAUGUGAACCUCGAUAGUGGGGAGGGAUUGGAGGACGUAGAUCACAGUGUUCUGUUCUACAACCAGGCCAUUAUCCUCUACCACCUCCGCCAGAACCGCGCCUCUCUCGCCAUCCUGGAUAAACUCUUCCCCUUCAUUGAUCCGCUCAGCUCAACUGGAGAUGAAGGCCUAUGCAAGAAAGUUCUAUUGCUGCAAGUUGAGUUGUAUCUUUGUACAUACCAGCCUGAGAAGGCAAUGGGUCUGCUUACUUAUAUUGAGAAGAAUGUGUUAAACGGCCGGAUCACGACGGAACGCGAGCCAGGCCGGGAAGAAGGAAAAGAGGGAUCACCAUCCAACACAGAGUCUUCCUGGGAAAACUGGAGACCUAUGCUUAGUGUGUUCAAGACCAGAUGUCUAGUCAUGAUGAAGUCACUGAAAGCAUGCAAACGAGAAAUUAAAGCAUUAAUGAAUGUGCAAUCUUCUAACACGUCAGUGGUUUUCCUGAAGGCAAACUUUGAGUAUCUGAGGGGAAACUACAGGAAAGCCAUGAAGAUGCUUGGAUCAGGGCCUCAGAUGCAUACAGAUAAAGGAGAGUGUCUGACUGUGAUGCACUACAAUAACAUGGGCUGUGUCCACUUCCAUCUACGGAAGCACCACCUCGGGGCGUUCUACUUCCGUAAGGCUCUGCAGGAGAAUGAGAAUGUCGUACGGGAGAUGAGGCGUUCAACAGACCAGAAUCGACAACAUGCUGGUGAUAAUGGUGGAAGCCUGACACUGUCUGGUCGGCCUUUACACUGUCUCGGGAUGUCUCGCCACUUUGAGCUUAUGUACAACAUGGGUAUCGAGCUGCUGCAUUGUGGGAAGGCCAUGCCUGCGUUUGAGUGUCUCAUUGAGGCUGUGCAAAUCUACCAGGUGAACCCGCAUCUCUGGCUCCGCCUGGCUGAGUGCUGCAUCAUGGCGUACAGAGAGAACAAUGAUGAUGACCGUAAGUUACAGAAGCGACAGGAAGUGAUCCAAGGCAGUGUGGGUAGCGGGGUUCACAGGAAGCUCAUCAUGGGCCCUGGAGUCAACCAGGACAAAAACAGUGUUGGUACACCGGCCAUCCCAGCUGCGACCCUGGAGUUUGCAUCCCUGUGUCUGCGUAACGCCCUGCAGCUGCUGUCAGGGGUGCCAGAGACCUCGCCCACAGACACAUCACAAAACGAGGAUAAGGAGGACGGGAAGCUGGGUCCAGAAGCAGUCCUGUUGCAGGCCCCACCCGGUAACCCCAUGAGGGCUCCAGAAGUACACAACCUCAGGUGUUCUGUGUUGUGUGCGAGUUCGUACGUGGCCCUGUGUUUGAACGACUACACCAUGGCCCUGGAGUAUGCGGGUACACUUCUUAAACUGCCCAGAAUCUCGGGCGCACAGAGUUACCUGGCCCACAUGUAUAUGGGUGAGGCCCUGGUGUCGCUGGACCGUAUUGCUGAUGGGAUCCAGCACCUCAACCCGGACCUCGUCACCGAUGUUGCCACCACGCUCCCUGACAACAAGCUAGACCCAGAAAAGACCGAGAAGCUAGAGAAAGAAUCAGACCCAGAAAUAAAAGGUGCGUUUUAUCCAUGGUGCCCAAGAGAUGUGAGGACAGCUAAGGCUAUCAUACAAUACAAUUUGGCAGCAGCCCAUGCCGUACGGGGGGAGUAUGACAAGGCUACAAACUAUCUGGCUGAGAGUUCGAAGUUUAUAGGUGCGCCACUGCCGGCCCAGAUGUAUUUUCUCAAGCUCUAUCUAGACCUCAUUGAAGGUCGCAGAAAAAUGGCACAGUUUGUUAUCAAGGAGCACUUUGGUCAUGUGACCCCGAACAGAAUUGACAUGAAGGUGGCGUCCAUGAAGCCGGGUGGAAACACUUCAACCUGGAAUACAGAAUGAGGGGCAGGGUGGUGACAGGGAAUUACUGAACAAUGGACUUGCUGCAUCUGAAUGAACUCUACAACAGAUUGAUUUUUGCUAAAUUAUGGAAUUAAAUUGAUAAAAAUCC